CCCAUUAGUUUUUCCAUUCACUCAUCCUUAAACUAUUUCUGAACCCAAAUCAAAGAAUUCCAACAUUGAAUCUGUCAACAUAUAGCCUAGGAUUCUUGAUCAUAUCCAGACCUGCAAAUUCAAGAAAUGGAUAGAACCUCGGCAGCCUGCACAACGUCCCUAACGAUCGACCUCAACACGAAUCCCAUGCACAAUCCUACUGAUGAUCAACCUCCGACAUCGGAAGGGAAUGAUGUUGGUGGUGAAAGAGAGUCAGGUUUGAAUAAUGAGGCUUAUGACCUGGAACAGGAGUUAAACAGGACGAAGUCAGAGAACGAGAAGCUGAACGAUAUGCUCACGAUUAUAUGCAGAAAAUACAUUGAGUUGAUGCAAAAGCAAUCUGUAGAAGAGCUCUUCAGCUCAAAGAAAAGGAAAUAUGAUGAAAUAGAAAGUUUUGACAGAUCUAUAGGAAACAGUUCGUUCGGCCACCAUUGUUGUAAUGAAUGGUCACCUAAAGAGAUCAAAUCCAACGUUUCAAGGGUUCAUGUACGAAUUGAUCCAUCGGAUACCAGCCUAGUUGUAAAGGACGGAUACCAUUGGAGAAAAUACGGACAAAAGGUGACGAGGGAUAACCCAUCUCCUAGAGCUUACUACAAGUGCUCUUUCGCCCCGUCUUGCCCUGUCAAGAAGAAGGUGCAGAAAAGUGCUAAUGAUCCAUCUCUUUUAGUAGCCACAUACGAAGGCCAGCACAACCACCACCACCCCUCUACACCCGGGCUUUCAGUAUCAUUACCACCAGGUGGUGUAGCCGGAGCUAACCCGUCUCCAGGCUCGACCCCGAUUGGAUGCUCCAGCUCUGCAGCAAGUAUUCUUGAUUUCACAGAUCCUAUAAUAUUUAGCAACAUGCAGAGUGCUAUUGCAGCAACAGAAAACACUGCAGUUCAGCAGUUUUUUGUUGAACAAAUGGCUUCUUCCUUGACAAGGAACCCGAGCUUCACAGCCGCACUAGCGGCAGCCAUCACUGGCAGAAUAUUAGAUGAUGUAUCAGAGGACAACAAUGACAGUUUGUCGAACUCAUGAGUAUACAUGUGCAUUUGGGUUCUGUUAGCAUUUAAUUAUCUUGGUAAUCAAUCUAAAUUAAUGAAUGUGGUAGUUGUUAA